AUGCCGCCACCGCCACCGCCACCGCCACCUCAAACAACAUCAUAUAAUGGAAGUAAUCGCGGGACUCCAGUGAAGUCGAAUGAAAGAGCGAGGCUUCUUAGCGAAAUCCAAACUGGCACGAAGUUAAGGAAGACGAUUACAAAUGAUCGUUCAGCGCCAGUAAUUGGCAACUCUGGUAUUCGGGAUUCCAAUGGCCCUCUUACUGGUGCUAGCGGAGUACAAGGGAAUUCGAUGUUGGCAUUUGGAGCUGGUGGAAGAUUUUUUGCUAAUGGUUUACCGAGGAAACCUUCAGAUAACAGAAAAAAUACAGCUGUGGAUCUCAAUUCCGGUCCGAUAAUGCAUAAAUCGACACAGCCAGAUGCGAAUUCAACUUCAAAAAGUUUGGAACCGAAUUCGCCGAUAAAUCCUAUAAAUUUUGAAUCAAAUCAAACAAUUUCAAGCGGAAUCAUCGCACGUGUGAAUCAGUUCGAUAGGAUAUCUCGUCCAGUACUUGCACCUCCAGUUCCACCAUCAGCUAAAACGAAGCCUGUUAUUCCCAAUGUUCCUCCAGUCAAGAAGCCUUCGCCUUCUCCGCAGUUCAAAACAAUGCGACCAACGAAAAUGAUGCAUGAAAUGGAUGGAAGAUUACGAAGAUCGGGCAGUUCCGAGGACGUUAGAAGAAACUCUUCUAUUGAAAAGAAAGAAUAUUCACCAUCUCAACAACUAAAUCACCCUCAAAGUCUGACGAAAAUUGCAAAGCCAGUUGGCCCACCUCCACCUCCUCCAAGUCAGCCACCUCGAGCAGGCCGAAUUGCUAUGUUGACGGCUUCUGACUCUUUGAAUAAUCAUAGUCCUGCAAUUUCAUCUUUGCAGAUUGCAUCAAAAUUUCACACAGCAUUGAAAGUUGAGGAUGACAUUCAACCACCUCCACCUCCGCCAAGAACAGCAUCUGCAUCUUUGAUAGCUGAUCCGAUGGAUCGUUUUACUUUCAUAUCAAUUGAAGAAUUACCUUUACCUGAGGUCUUUUCAAGAUCAAAGAAAAUUUAUGAAUUUUAUACUGGUAGAAAAAAUGCUCCAGCAAUACCGCCUUAUUAA